AUGGAUGAUCGAAAACUUCAAAUUGGGACGCUGUACGCGCUUAGCCACGAGUACUCUGAUCAUGCACAUAAGAUUGCAGGUUCUGUGAGUACAGAAGAUGAAAUGAGACAGUACUAUACUCUAAUUUCAAUGUCAAUUAAGGCGUUGCAAGCUAUUAAAGAACAGUUCCAGUUGACCGCUGAACAAGAUGUAGUGGUCACGGUGGAAUUAAGCGAUCUUUUGAUUAAAGAAACCCAUAAUUUAGAUUUAGCAGAAAUGUAUCUUUCUAGUGUCAGAGAGAGGUUACGAGAAACCACACUUUUUCAUGAAAAAAUGCUCAUCGAAUUCUUUCUAUUUCGUGUGGCUAAGGCAAGAGAUGAUUCACGGUACACCAGAGAGGCGAUUCGAAAUUUGACUAACUUGCUCGAAAUGCUUGAAACCACGAACUCUCCUUGGAGUGAUGUUUUCCGUUUCACAUAUAUUCAGUUUUGUGAGCGUGAAGAAAAACCGGGCCAUGUUGCCGCCAAGUAUCUUGAAGUACUUGAGCGUACAAAAGUUCACAAAGCACUCCAUUCUUUUCUUUUAUGCCGAUACGUUUGCUUUUGCCUAGAAAAUUGGAUUGAAAUACGGGAUGAUUUAUUAACUGAGUUGUUGGCAAUAGAAAAUUCUGAAGAUUUACCCAUUCAGCUUAUACUUUGGAAGCAAUUUGUCGAGCUUCUUGUUUUAAUAUUCAAAGAUGAAAAUAUAACGUCAAAACUUUCGGACUUCAAAACUAUCUUAAGCUCCCACAAGAAAGAAUUGCUAGCAAGUCACUUUGAGCUUUCUGUGUCUCCUGAAAUAAUUAUAACUGUCGAGAGCCCAAUCCUUCAAUAUGCAGACGUGAAAAACAUUUUACUUUUCUUACAGAGUGUUAGCUAUCUUACAAAUUGUUAUGAUAAACGUACUAACUUUUCGACAAAAUUCAUUCCAAAGGUUAAGAAAACGACGAACGAGCUUAUCAAAGCCCCCCACUCUUCCAGUCUUUCAGAUCAAGGAUCAAGAUGUUCCUUUUAUGAGAGGCUUUUAGAAUUAUGUGCAUUUUAUGAGUCCUUAGAGGGGCUCAUUCUCCAUGCAAAUUGUGAGGAACAGAGUAUUCCAAACAAAUAUAAACCAUUGGUGGAUGGGAUGAAAUAUCAGCUAGAGCUAGAUUCGCAAAAGGCUUUGGCCAAGUUUUCUGAGAUUUCAAACUUUGAGAAGGACCCUGAAUUGGAAUUGAUCACUCUUUGCAAUGUAUUUAAUAUUCAUUUGGGUACAAUUAGUGCUGCUGGCCAAAAUGUUUCGUUAGAUCAGUAUAAAAUAGCAAAUGACACAUGGGACCGCAUUCAAAAGAUUUAUCAAGGGUAUGGGUUUGAUCAAAAUCAUAUUUGGCGAUGCACCAUUACAAUUCUCUGGAUCACAAGCCAUUUUGAACCUUUCACAAACGUUCAGUUAGCUAAAACGGAUAAUGAACCAUAUAUGGACCAAUUGAAAUGGUACUACUUGGGCAAUAGACUUUCGGGGGGAGGAAGUGGAGAUGGGAACAAUGAAGAAAGUAACACAGUCAUCGACAAAAGUCCACCGUUGAAAAAAUCUUUACUAUUGCACUUUUUAUUGAACUACUUGGCAGGUUCAAUGGUUGUUCACGACCUACAAGAAAAAUGUCAGGUAUCAAACACAUGUUUCCACAUGGGCAAGCAACAAGCGAUGCCACUGAUGAGGUAUUUGGCAGGCAUUUGGAAUUUGAUCAAUUGCAGUUUAGCUAUGAAAGGAAAGGACGUUGCCGUUACCAAAGCAAAACUAUCCUCGCUGGUACAAAAAUUGCUUGAGUCUGGAUUUACCGAGACAUGA